AUGCAAGUUCAACCACUGCUCUUGGAGAAAGAAACUACCAUGCUGUUCAUCCAUACUUUGAAGGCCCCAUUCAUUACUCACAUGAUUGGAAGUACCACCAAGAGUUUUGCUAAUAUAGUUAUGGCAGGAGAAAUGAUUGAAAAUGCUAUAAAGGGUGGCAAGAUAGAGGGGGAAGCUGUUAAAAUAUCGGCCCCAAGAAGGAAAAACAAUGAGGUGAAUAAUAUGAAUAGUUAUAAUUCGAAGGCAAUUACGGUUAGUCAGCCCAGAGCAACUACAGUUGGGCAACAAGAUUCUCAAAAGCAGGGAUCUGGUUUGAGACAAAUUUCUAAAAAUGUCUCAUUUACGCCUAUUCCAGUGACAUAUCGGGAGCUUUAUCAAAGUUUAUUCAAUGCGCAUGCAAUAGCUCCUUUUCAUUUGAAACCAUUACAACCCCCAUAUCCCAAAUGGUAUGAUGCAAACGCCAAAUGUGAAUAUCAUGCGGGGAUAUCGGGGCAUUCAAUUGAAAAUUGCACUGGUUUUAAAAAGGCAGUGGAAAGACUAAUCAAGAUAGGGGUCGUAAAAUUUGAUGACACCUCUAGUACAGAAAACCUGUUGCCAAAUCAUGGUGAUCAAGGGGUAAAUGCAAUUGGGGACACUGAUAUGAGAAAGAUCAAAGAGGAUGUGACCGAGGUGAGAAUGCCGAUGAAAAUGAUUUUGGAAGAAAUGGUGAAUAGAGAGAUGAUAAUCUCUAAAGAAAGGAUUAGAAGAGUGAGGGACUACUGUGAGUUCCAUGCUGAAGAGGGGCAUGAGAUUCAGGAAUGGGACGAGUUUAAGGCCUUGGUACAAAGCCUUAUGAAUAAUAAGGAGUUGGAAUUUUAUGAAGCUGGCUCAUAUAAGGGACGUAUAUGUACAUUAGAAGGUGGACCAAAGAAUCAAAACCGGCUAAAGAUCAUUAUUUCUUUACCAAGAAAUAAUGAAGUUGAAAUGCCAACGGUACCAAAAGUCAUUAUUCAUAAACUUGUUUCAUUUCCUUAUAAGGAUAACAAGAGGGUACCUUGGAAUUAUAACUGCAACGUGACAAUGCCGGAGAAGGAGGAUAUAGCUAGUGCCUCUAAGGAAGUUCAAGAUGAGGGUUCUUAUACACGUAGUGGGAAGCGUUAUGAUGUAGAAGGCGUAGGAGUUGAGCCCGCAAAAGCAAAAGCUUGUGACAAAGGAAAGGGGACUGAAAUUCUGGUUAAUGAGCCAGUGAAGGAAGAAGAAGCCAGAGAAUUUUUAAAAUUCUUGAAACACAGUGAGUACAGCGUAGUUGAACAAUUGUGCAAACAACUAGCUCGUAUAUCAAUAUUGGCUUUGCUUCUGAGCUCAAAGGUACAUCGUGAGGCGUUAAUGAAGGUGCUCAAUGAGACUUAUGUUACUAAUGAUAUAUCCGUCAACAAUCUCAAUGCCUUCAAGUAUAAUCCAAAAAAAGUCCACGCUUCGUUGGCUACAUAUGCUUCUGCAAUUGAUCCCUCUAGUAGUGCUUUAUUACACACAUAA